CACCAAUCCACGGAUCCAGCAUCACACCCGACGAGACUUCAGAGCCAUCAUCGCACGGAACACGUUGUUCGUAUAUUUUAAUAUUUAUAAUUCCAAAUCGCAAACCACUACACUCAACGAUCAUUAUGGCUUUCAGAUUCGCAGUUUUGGCGUCGGUCCUGGCAGCGGUGGCGCACGGCUCUCCCGUGUACACGGCCGCACCCUACGCGGCCUACCCCUACGAGGCCGCCCCGUACUCGCCCGCCCUUUACGCUCCGGUUCCGUACUAUGCAGCGGCUGCGCACAAGUCGUACGAUGCGGACUACGACCCGAACCCAUCGUACUCGUACGCGUACGACGUGCACGAUCAGCUGACGGGCGACUCGAAGAGCCAACACGAGAGCAGGCAGGGUGACGUUGUGCACGGAUCGUACAGCCUGGUGGACUCCGAUGGCACCAGGCGGACGGUCGACUACACCGCGGACCCGCACAACGGCUUCAACGCGGUCGUCACCAAGGAACCGCUGGUCAAGGGCUACGGAGCCGCACCCGCCCGUGCCGCUUACCCGGUCAAGUCGUACGCACCCGCGCCAGCCGUCUACCCGGCAGCCGUCAACGCUUAUGCGCCAAUCUAUCCGGCCGUCAAAGCGUACGCACCAUCGCCGUACCAGACGUACCCGGCUUACCACUGACCGCGUUUAUACGUGACCGCCACCACCACCGCACCACAGAGACCCGCUGAACCAGAUUUGCCUUACACUAUUAUCCUACAGCUGGUAUACCUGCACAUACCGUCCCCGUCUGACAGUGAAUUAUGAUCACGGCGACGUUUGAUGGGCCACCGCUGAAUAAGACAUUAAGUAUUUACAACAUUUGAACGGAAACAUUUAUCUGAUUUUUUUGUUUUUAUCCUAUUUAUGACACAAACGCAUAAACUAUAUAAUUAUAUACUAUACUAUACUAUACAUUUAUUAUAUAAGGUCUUAAACUUAAUUUUUUAGUUUCAUAUAUUAUUAUUACAAUGUUCAUAUUAUGUUCUGUAUAAUGCAACAGUACCUACGUCCUAUCUACCUACUUAGUUUCUCUUGUUGUUUCUAUAUAAUAUACAUAAACAUUAAGCGGACUACAGUAUAUUAUACUGUCGUGCGUUAAUAUUUA